AUGUCUCUCAACGAUACCAACAUGCUUGCUCAAUCCGGCCGAAGUUCGGUUUACCCUGGCAUUGCCAACCCCACUGCCGCCAAUGACAAUACGCCUGAUCCCCGACAGGCCAACUUUGUUAACGACCCGACGUCAGAGGCGUUCGGUGCUGGCGCCAGCCCCAGUUCCUUCUCUGGCCACCGGGAUGCCAAGAAUACGCUGAAGCAACAGGCCGGUGUUGUGGAAGCGCGCCCUGGCAUCAUCGAGUCCACCAACAUCGAUCCGUUGAAUGAGAACUCGAACAAAGAGGACGGGUGGGCGAACGCGACCAAGACACCUGGUAACGCGCCGACCAAAGGCAUUGUGUCUGGAAUCACCACCCAAGCCACAGAAGUUGCCAGAGGAGCGGCUAACACGGCCACUGGGGCUGCCAAAGUCGUAUACGGAACGGUUGUAGGAGAUGAGCAAACGAAGCAAGUGGGGCGAGAGGCGAUCUAUGGGAAGCAUUAA